AUGUUGACAAAAUCACUUAAAUUAUUUACGAUUUUAACAAGUUUUAUCUUUUUUAUUGUAACUAUGUCAUCUACAUUUCUCUAUCAUCGAAAACUUAUUAUUAUAAAUACCACAAUUCUAACUAUGAAUACUUCUAGUCUUUCUUUCUAUCCAUAUAUAGCUGUACUUGUUGAAUUUCGUGCUGUUGAUCAUAUAAUUACUAUUGUUCAUAAUAUUAAUUAUCAUAUUCCAUCAACAUGGCCAAUUCAAAUUUUUCAUGGAAAAGAUAAUGAAGCUUUUAUUAAAAACUCAACAUUAGCACCAUUAAUUGCAUCUGGAAAAAUAUUUCUUACUUUAAUGGAACAAGUUUAUGGAAAAAAUCGAACAAAUGAAUUAUUAACAGAUCCUAAAUUUUGGCAACAUGUUCGUGGUGAAAAAAUUCUUUUCUUUCAAAUCGAUUCAGCUAUGUGUUCAAAUUCUCCACAUAAAAUUACUGAUUUUAUUCAAUAUGAUUAUGUUGGUGCUCCAUGGGAUCCAGCAUGGUUUGGACCUAGUAAAGACUUA